AUGCGUGUUCAGCUUGUCUCGUUCGCUUUUAUGUUGAUUGGCAGCGCUGUUGGGAAGAGCUGGAGUAAAACCGAGCCGCCCCACAUCGGAGUAUUGCUUGGGCGUGGAGAUAAAAAGGACAGCUCGUUUGCUCCUGGUACUUCGCCUGGCACUGGAAAGUCUUGUGGUGAUGCCUUCGGAGCUGGGUUCUCCGAAUGCGCCGCCAGCGGGGUUUGCUAUAGUGCUGCCGAGGGCGACACUUGCUGCAAGGAAGGAUACAAAGCACGCCCUGGACUCGAAGUUGCUGACAGUCCCAAGGGUCUUUCUGUCGAGGAGUGUGCCGUUAAACUCAGUAUAUCCAUAAAACCCACAUUAAACUCGAAGAUGCCGCAGCAACCAUCUGUCAUCACCAGCCAGGCACCGUCACCCAGCUCUCCCGCUGCAGUUCAUCCGCCUGUGAUUGUCGUCACCACGACUAUUUGCCCGUAUCCAACUGGAAGACCCAAUAUGACGACCACGAGUACCAUAAUUCCGACUGUCUCCACAGUGCCGACGGAUGCGCCGAUUUUUACGGGUGCUGCUAAUCCUCAAAGCUCUGUUCAGGGAGCCGUGUUUGUGGUUGCUUUGCUUGGAUUUCUUCGAAAUUUUCUGUAG